AUGAGGCUGAUUGUCCUAAUACCGUUGGUGCUGGUCACAUUUUCGGCUUGUCUGGCUAAGAAGAAGAAGAAUUUAGUGAAUGUUAACGAGGAAAAUUGGAAGGACCUAUUGAACGGCGAAUGGAUGGUCGAGUUUCAUGCUCCUUGGUGUCCAGCUUGUAAAGAUCUGCAAAAAGCAUGGAACGCAUUUGCAGAUUGGAGUGAAGACCUAAAAAUUAAGGUGGCCGAGGUUGAUGUAACGAAGAAUCCAGGUUUAUCUGGUCGGUUUUUAGUAACUGCACUACCAACCAUCUACCAUGUUAAAGAUGGUGUUUUUCGCAUUUAUUCGGGACCUCGUGAUAAGAAGGAUUUCAUCAGCUAUGUCGAAGAAGAAAAAUGGGCCUUGUAUGAACCUGUACCAUCGUAUAAACAUCCGAACUCUGCUCAGAUGUCAGUAGUCGCGUGGUUCUUCAAACUGUCAAUGUUCGUCCGCGACAAGCACAACUAUCUUGUCGACGAAGUCGGUCUGCCGUCUUGGGUUUCCUACUGUAUGUUUGCUGGUUUCACAUUAGCCGUCGGGUGCAUAUUAGGAUUUUUCAUUGUUUGCAUUAUCGACCGAGUUUUCCCAACCGGACAGCUUGCAGCUAAACAUGAUAAGAAGGAAGGCAAGAAGGAACAGAAAGGAAAAAAUAAAAAGGAUGAUCACAAGAAAAAAGAAGAUGAGAAGCCACAGGAAGAAAAAGCUUCUCAAGAUGGUAAGGUCGAAGAAUUUGUUCUACUUUGGUGGCAAGAAUUUUCUCUUGCAAAAGUUUUUAAAGACUCAAUGCAAAAACGUCUUAAGAUGAAUGUGAUAAUAUUCUUUGCUUUAAGCAGCUAUAUAGCCUUUUCAAACCGUGGUCUAAUCUAG